AUGGCGGACGUCCAGGAGCGCCUCAAGAAGCUCGGCCAGGGUGCCCGAAUCGUCCUUCGUCUAACAUGGUCGAACAGUGGAAAGGGUACCCCCCGCCGCAAGGUCAAGCGUGCGCCCGCCCGCUCCGGCGCCGACGACAAGAAGCUCCAGGCUGCCCUGAAGAAGCUGGGCACCCAGCCCAUCCAGGCUAUCGAGGAGGUUAAUAUGUUCAAGUCCGACGGCAACGUUAUCCACUUCGCUGCCCCCAAGGUUCAUGCCGCUGUCCCCCACAACACCUUCGCCAUCUACGGAAACGGCGAGGACAAGGAGCUCACGGAGCUUGUUCCCGGCAUUCUUAACCAGCUCGGCCCCGACUCUCUCGCCUCCCUGCGAAAGCUCGCCGAGAGCUACCAGAACAUGCAGAAGGGCGAGAAGGGUGAUGAUGAGGACGACAUCCCCGACCUGGUAGAGGGCGAGAACUUCGAGAGCAAGGUCGAAUAA